AUGCUGCUGAAGACAUAUAUAUUUCUUUUUCUGAUGUCCUUUGUUACCUGUAGUCAUUUCAGAGGCGGAUCCAUUUCUUGGAAGCCAACAUCAUCACCUCAACAGAUUGAAAUAUCCUACCAGAUGGCUUGGAGACGUACAUACAGUGGAGCUAGCUGUGACGACAGCAAGAUUUCUUCCCAGGGUCUAAUAACGGUCGAUGGUAAGCUGUACUGCAGGACGGGGUGCAACACACAGAUCAGCUCAAUGCAUGGGAAAUGCAUUGCUUAUAGUUCCAGCGAGAACUGGUCUUUAGGCGAGGGAACCUUCACGUUUACUCUCCCGACGCCGGGGAUCAACUACGUAUUUAGAAUGGAGCAGUGUUGUUGGCAGACUUUGACCACUGGUGCUUCAUCAAAAAAUGUUAGGAUGACCAUGACAGCCAACACAGCGCCGAGGGUGGACACCGGGGUCAUAAACUCCUCCCCAGUAGUUACCAUGGCGCCAAUAAUUCGCCUUCUCUAUAAUUGUCCACACACAUUCAGAAUUCCAGUGAUUGAUGCUGAUGGGGAUAUUGUCAGAUGUCGUUUUUCCAGCGGGAGCGACACUGACGAAUGUGGGUAUCUUUGUAAUGGACUCUCGGGAAGUACAAUAGACAAGGACACUUGCAUGUUUUCCUAUAACACGACCAGAACCGGAACCUUUGGUGUGCACGUACAAAUCGAAGACUUCUCAACCACGGCUCCGGCAACUGUGCUCAGCUCGGUUCCCCUUCAGUUUCUAAUAGUAGUGUUUGACGACCCACUCAAGUGCACUGAUGCUCCUAUCUUUGUUGAUCCUACUCCUACCGAAGGCAGCUGUUAUGUUGUCUCAAACACAUUCACAAAAAUUCUUGUGGCCAGAACUACAAGUGCCUCUCAUACGAUAACAAAAUUAUCCAUAAUGGGUCCGGUAGGAAUUGGGAAGUCCAGCUUGUCUCCCUAUGGUAGCUCCGGAAGGGAAUGGUCAAUUACAGUCACAUGGACACCGACGCAGAGUCAAAGUGGACUGCACUUGCUGUGCUUCAAUGCAGAAAUAAAUAAUAAAUUAACUUCCAGUAUGAUCUGUGUUGAUCUUCUGAAAGGAACCCCACCUGCAAUAGAGCUAACAAAAGGAUGUUUAACGCCAUUGCGAGAAAUUGAGGAUAAACUCACAAACACAUUAAAGAUGUGUUUUAACAGAAAGUUCGUUCGACCGACAUCAGAAAAAUUCCUUAUAAUACAUCAUACCAACGGAACUGUGGCACACAAACUGAAUCUGACAGACCCAGCUGUGGCCUCCUUUCCGGACUCAGGCGGCAGGGAAGUCACAGUCACGUUGGGUGGCUCCCCAGAUUCCAUUAUUUUACCUACUGGAGAGUACUAUGUUCUUGUGGAGUCAGGAGCCGUUGCUGCGGAUUCUUUCAGCUGUACAACAGACUGGACAGGGAUCUCACAACCUUUCUUCUGGAAUUUUACUGUUGUUGACCUUAGCCCACCUGUCUUAAACUUUACGUCAACUCCAUCACAAAAGAACAGCGACGAAAUGUACAUCAUGACUUGGACGGUGAACGAAGCUCUCUCAGUGGAACAAUGUAAUUUAACCACGCCUACCGGUGCGUCUGUUGUCUCGUGCAGUAAAUCGUUCAGUAGCCAAUUGGCACCAGGAAACUACGUCAUCAGUAUUGACAUAGAAGACUUGUCUGGGAACAAAGCCGGCCCUUACACUCACCAGUGGGUUAUCAAUGAUAUGACACCCCCAAAUCUCAGUUUCACCUUGAACCCUUCGCUUACCAAAAGCAAUGCAUCCAUCACGUGGAAUGCAAGCGAGCCUGUUGCAUCUUCCUCUUGUAUCAUUACAUAUCCAAACACCACCAAGACAAACGAAUUAUGUGAUGGUCAAUGGGAGGCUGUUGACUUACCGCGUGGCUCAUACCAGAUCAGCAUCACCUUGGUGGAUCUGGUUGGUCUUCAAGGAGGGCCAUUUCUUCACACUUGGACUAACAUCGACGUUACACCUCCAAUACUCACAUUUAGGCGGAAACCAAGACGUUCACUUAGCAAAGCCAACAUCACGUGGGUGACUAACGAGGUCGCUUCUGGAGUUUGUGAAAUUGAGGGUCCAUCAUUCUAUCGUUCAGUGGUGUGUGAUAAAGGAUGGAGCGAGGACUAUCUACCAGAAGGAAAUUUUGUUCUGAAUGUCACAGUCUAUGACGAAUCUUUAAACAUGGCAGGUCCUUUCCAGCAUAAGUGGUAUAACAGGGACGUAAAACCCCCAGAAUUGAAGUUUACAAAUACACCUCACUGUCAUAAAUCUACUGAUAAUGCAACGAUUACGUGGACAUUCAACGAAUUUGCUACGUCAACAUGUGUUAUCACAACAUCAGUACAGCGCCAAGUGUUUCCUGGCUGUGAUGGAAGUUGGAAUGGGAUAUUUUUGCCGGAGGGAAAUGUAACAUUAGAAAUUACAGCCAGGGAUAAAUCCAGAAAUUCGGCGCCAACGUACAAAUACACGUGGUACAACAAGGACGUCACUCCUCCUGUUCUAACAUUUACACGAAUUGAUGUCCUUACAAUAAAUGACGCAAAAAUCACGUGGUCUGUGAAUGAGCCAGUAUCGACAACGUGUACAUUAACCACGCCCAACAACAAAGAGGUGUUCUUGUGUAAUUCUGGUACCUGGUCUGGUAGCAGUAUGCAGGGAGGAAAUUACAAACUCAGCAUUAUAACAGUAGAUCUAGGGAAUAACACAGCUGGUCCUUUUGUUCAUAACUGGCGAAAUGUGGAUACUAUCCGACCACGGCUAGCAUUUUCAAAAGCACCUUCGAGAACAUAUAGUAAUGCCACAAUAACCUGGGCUGUCACGGAGCCGGUAAACAGCAGCUGCGUCGUCAAUGGUCCCGCCAACUUCUACCGGAAAUCGUCAUGUGAUGGAGGAUGGAGGGGUAUGUUACUUCCCCCAGGAUCUUACAAACUUGUGAUCUCCGUCACGGACUCUUCAGGAAACUUCGGAGGACCAUAUGUAUACAGAUGGAUUAAUGAGGACGUGACACCACCCUCCCUGCAGUGGACUGGUAUACCCUCAUUAAAAACAGCCGGAAGUAUGAUGUUGUCGUGGACAACGAACGAAGAAGUGACGUCAGUUUGUACAGUUCAGUCCCCAGUACAGGUGAGAGAGGUGUCAUGUAAUAACAAAUGGGUCGGAACAGAGCUUCGGAACGGAGAGUAUUCUCUGACGGUCAAUAUGGUGGACGGAUCUGGAAAUAAAGCACAAGCUAUACAUCAAUGGAAUAACACUGUAAAGGAGUUAGUGUAUGAAAUAGUGUUAACUCUGUCUAAUGUUAACGUAAACGACGUUGCCAACAAGACGUCUCUAGAGUACACUAAACUAGUCGCCGAGAGUCAAACGGCGUUAGAAAACUUUUACAGAUCUAAAGUCAACAACUUCAAAAGCAUUCAUAUUAAAGACAUUAUCGUCGUACCCAAAACAGUCAGAAGAAAACGAAGCACCCGCUCUUUGAGCGACAUCUCCGUGGAACACGAUGUGGUGAUAGACGGGGACAAUAAAACUGCUAGUACAGCUGCACUCUCCAAAACCCUGUCCAACCUGUCCAGUGGGGGCAACUCUAUAAAUAUCGGAGGGUCAACCACAUCAUUUUCUAACGUCACCCUGAUGACAAACGACAGAACAGAGAAUGUGACGUUUACGCGACAAACUCGUGCAUGUGAAAUAGCUCAGUUAUAUGUGACAUGUUCUAUAAGGGAGUACUGCAAUGAAGAUCUUGGGAUGUGUGUAUCUAUGUAUUUGCCAGAUAAUAACGGCAUGAUAUUAAGCAUUGGGCUCGGUGUCUCGGCGGCUGUCGUUUUUAUUCUAGUAACGGUCAUCAUCAGCCUGUUCUAUCUUCGCAAGAAGCAAGAAGAGGAAAAGGGCAGCAGGGAGAUGGUGAAUGAAAAGAAAACUAAGUUUGAGCAACCAGUUACAGCAUUUGCAUAUACUCCUCAAAUAAUCUACAAACCAUUUAAGUACUGGCAAUGAAAUAUACACAGGA